AUAUAUAUAUAUGUGUGUAUAUCUAUAUGUAUACUACUCCUAAGAAAUUAUACGAUAGUUUCCACGGGAACAUGACUCUGCCGAACGCGUAGGGAUAGGGAAAAGUUGUUAAAGCGAGUUCUAAUUCACGGGUCCUGUCGUACGUACGUGCGAUCAUCGGCAAGAUAAUAUCGACUUUUCGAUCGAAUUCAUUUCGAGCUUUCGAGGAUUUUGAAAGAAUAGUUUUAUUUAUUUUCUUUUUCUUUUUCGAAAAAUUUUCACGCAACGACGAGAUUUUUCAACGGAACUUUCGAUUGUUGGGAUUGUGUUAGGUUAAAAAGAAAAAGAAAGGGAGAUUGAAGGGGAAGAAGGAAAGCAACGGUUGAAUCGUAUCGAGGAAAUUGACCACUCUCUGGCUCUUAUUCGGUUCAGGCUCGCGUGUGCAUUGCCAGGCAAUUUGUAACUUUCAACCGUGCUAUAUGAUCGUGUGAUUGGUGCACACGUCCGGGAAUAGUUAAUAGUAAUUAUAUCGAUUAUUUCUAUCGUUGUUUCUUUCUUCCAUUGUUCCAAGUACGACAUACCCUCGAGGGUCUACUUCGUCUUGAAAGAAAGGGUUUAUUUGGUAAUUCUGAUUCUAAUUUGCUCCGUUAAAGAAAGGAGAAGGAAAAUCUCUGAAAAUCUUCCGUCUUUCGCAUAUCCCCUCCCUGCUAAUUUCUACCGUACCGAUCACGCCACGCUCUUAUUUUAAAAUUCUAUCCUGUUUAAAAUUCGAUUCUGUUCAAGAUACGGCCAGAGUUUCCGAGAAUUUAGAAAUUUCAUGGAAAAGAUUACAAAUCAUAACGAUAUCGUGCGAUUAAAAUCACAACCGAGGAACAGUGACUCACUCGACACCCGGUACACUCGAAACACGCGCACGCGUGCACUUGCCCGACACACGUAUUCUCUCUUUCUCUCUUUCUAUCCUGCUCCCUUCAAAACCAUUCCUCCUCCAUUCGAUCUCCAUUCUCGUCCGUAUUCCUUCCUCUCUUAUCUUUUGCUUUUCAAUUCUCCCCUGCUCGUGCCUCCGCUUUUUCGACAUUUUCCAUCCCUCUCUCGCGCUUUGGCUCCUUUUCUCUGCCUGCUGUUCCCCCCUCCCUUCCUCUCUCUCUCUCUUUCGCUCCCUCCGUCCCUCCCUCUAACCCGAGUCCGUCUCGCGCGCUCUCGAUACCGCUCUCCUCGUCGAGUUCGCGAAUCGAGGGACCGCGCCACGUUUCUCUCUCAGUCUCUCGCGCAAAGCGGUUUCGUGGCGACGUAUCGUUGCACGCGCGAUAGAUAGAUUGUGGCUGGUCCAGGUCUCUCCUACGUUUUGCCUCCUUCUCUUCCUCCUCGUGUUCUGCGUGCUGUGUCUCUUUUUUCCCUCCAUUUUUCUCCCUCUCUCUCUCUCUUCGAUUGUUCCUCCUUCUCCUCGGUGGCGAGGAAGUUUUUUUCUCCUCUUCGCUUCUCGUGUUUCCCUUCGAGUUUUUCAUCACAACAUACACACACACACACACAUACACACAUAUUUCCCCUUCUUCCGCCGGAAGAUGAUGGCGGUGUCGGUGUGUCGUCUCGCGGGCGAGAGCAUGGAUCGUCACCGUGAAAAAAGGAACGCGGUGACGGUUGGUUCGGACUCGUGAAGAAGGAGAUCGGAGGCCCCUCGACGGAGAAAGAAAGAGUGUACUGCUAUUUUCGAGACGCCGUGGAGCCCGGCCAACGUGCGUGCGUGCGUGCGUGCGUGCGUUCGUUCGUUUGUUCGGUUCACGAGUGUACGAUGUUGGAAGGUGGACGUGCAGUGAUUUGGCUCCUUGUAUCAGCCCCACGAGCUGCACGCCACCCGAAAGAUUCACGUACUAACCCAGUUGCACCUGUUUGAACCCACCAGUUGCAGAGUCUGCACCGUAACCCCAUGACGCAUUUAACACAUGGCCCGCCUGGAGAUACCAAGUAUAGUGGUGCAUAAAGGCAGCAGGUCGCACAGCCGACCUGACAGUCCCACGGUGGUGGUGCGAGGAGGUAUGCCCACGCUGCCGUCCUCCAGGCAAGGCUUCGUCGCGAGUGGCUCGAACGCGUCGUAUCAGAACAGCACGGAGCCGGAUAUGUUGGACGGGAAUGCCAAUCCGAAUGUCGGCUCCUCUCCCGCAUCGAAUUCGCACCAUCGUGGCGGCACACCCUCCUGCCCCCCCGACAACAAAUCGGACACAGAGAACAAAAACUUUCGCAACAGGACGAGUACGAAAGUGAAGUUACUGGUGAGGAGCCAUGCUAUGAGAGAGUCGACGUCUCCCCCGAGGGAGGCGCACAACAACGGUUCAUCAUCGUCCCCGCACAGCCCGCAAUCGGUCGACGGCGAGAAGAAGUUCGUUGGAAACCUGUCUCCCAAUUCCGCUAACGCGAAGCUCAAUAACAACGAGCCGAUGUUCAACAGCAAUCUUUGCCCGAAUCAGUCCCCGAAGCAAAUGCGUAACACAGCCACCUCACCCACCUACCGAACUCCGUCACGAAAUGGUCAAUCUAGUCCCUCUCAAGUUCACUCGCCAAAGAAUAAUCAAACGUCGCCGACGAAUGGUGGGGGGAAGUCGGCGGAGAGCCAGCGGAGUUCCAAGAUGACGGGAACGCCCCACGCGGUCCAGAAAUGCAAUAACUGCGCGAAGAACAAUCAAAACGAUCGUCCAGGUUUACUUCAAACGCCUGUUUCCCCGUCGAAGUCCGGCCAACCGCUCCAGCACUCGCCCAAGAGCACGAACCUGGCGCAGAAUCAUCAGCACUGCAAGUCGGAGCAACGUAGGCCGAGCACGUUGAGCGUUUGCAACAGCCAAUGCUCGUCGACUCAGUGCGGCAAUACCUUGUCCGUGAGCAGCAGGCCUGGCUCGCGGCACAAGUUGAGACAUCAGAAUUCUUCCCAGGGUAGUUUCGACAGCGUCUCCCCUUGCCUCUCUCGAGGGAGGGAAAAAAGAAAAAAAGACGACGUCAACAACGAAUCCUUUUUCUUCGCAGAUAGUAGUACGGAAUUGUAUACGGACAGCACAGGGAUAGAUCUGGAACAUUUCAUCGCCGAGACCAUUAAUCGGAAUCAGAAGGAUAGAACGGUGCUGUUGAAAAUCGAGAAAGAUCUGAUAGAGUUCGCGAGGGACAAGCAGAAGGUCUGCCACAAGUUUCCGAACAUGUCCUCGUACAACAGGAUGUUGGUGCACCGCGUGGCCGCUUACUUCGGUAUGGAGCACAACGUCGAUCAGUCCGGUUCAAGCGUGAUAGUGACGAGGACGAAAAACGUGCGAAUACCGAACACCCGUUUCAAGGAGCACAUAAGGGACGACUUGAUACUAUCCGAGGAACCGAGGAGAAGCAUACUGAAGAGGGACUCGAACUCGUUCGAGGACAGUUUCAACUUCAAGUCGCCGGAUAGAUUGUCGGGCGAUUACUGCCGGCAGAACAAGAGUUUCGAGGAGAGGGAGGAGGAGUACGAGCGCGCAAGGCGAAGGAUAUUUAAGGAUAGCAGCGGGGAGAGCAGCGAGGUUACGUCCUGGCCUUACUGGUCCUCCUCGGAAAGCUCCGACGCCUCUGCGAGGUAUCGUUUGUUACAUCCGUCGGAUCACACGAUCAUGAGGCAAACGAAGCUCUUGAAAGGAGAAUCUUUAGACGGAAGGGAAUCUUGUCGGGGUUCGGUACUGAGACCAUCCGUUUCCAAGUCCUUUAGCUUCGGUGGUUAUACCAGAGGAAUGCUUUCUAGAGGAGACAGUGUUACAUCUACUCAUAGUGCAGGAGCUCGUCUCAUGAAGCAAGACUCAGGUGCUAGUAUGUGUUCACGGCUUAGCCCUUCGAGUAGCGGUUAUAAGUCGCAAAGCCAGCGCAGCGAUGCCACGAUAUCACCGUCUCCAUCGCCAUCCCCCGUGGCAACGAUGACCUGCAGUCAUACCCAAGUAUCUAGUCAGGAUCUCGCCUCCCCGGAAUCGAAUAAUCAGACGGUGAUGUGGGCGGUUACCAGUAUAUCGAGCGUGCCGCCUGGUAGCAUAAUUAUAAAUCCGCAAACGAAUCAACCGUACACGAAUCCGGAUGGUUCGAUUUAUCGCUUCGAUCCGGAGAAUCCACCUAAAUUUUAUACAGCUUCGUUGUCUCACGAGAACGACAGAAACGACAACGUGUCGCCCGCGAAGAUCGUAGAAAUAUCCGAGCCAUCCAAAGUAACGGGUAAAAACGAGAAUAGAAAGAGAUCGCAAUCUAACAAGCACAACGGUGGCAACAAUGUAACGACAGUGACCCACGUGACGAACUCGGCAACGUCGCCCAGUUUGCCGUUCACCCCACCACCUCGAGAUAAUCCAGGACCAUUGCGACAGCAACAGCAACAGCCGCAACCGCAGCAGCAACAAACUCUAGUCAAAUCGUCGUCGACGGUGCAAACUUGUAAUCACAACCAAGCAGCUCAAACAUACGCGACCUACGUACCUACCUCAGAACCGUUCAACCAGGGUGUCUAUCCACCACCCCAUGUGGGACAACAGACUGUGAUGAUGGCCCCCCAUCCGAGUCAGAGUCAAACGAAUGUUCAAAACAAUGGCCAGAACGAUGUAUUUAACCAGAAUUCGGUUUACGCGAAUUAUGCAGCAGUACCUGUACAGCAAGGACCAGUAUCGCAGACAACGGAGAUAACCGAAUUGUCCGGAUAUUUUAUGGGCAUGAGCAUCUACGAUCAACGUGUAACUGGUGAUAAUCAUUCUACGCCACCGCACUCUUACCCUCAACCGCAACCAUCUACUACGAAUCAAACGAAUCUGCAAAAUGUGCAGACGAUGCCGCAAAAUUAUUGGCAACCACCACCUAAUUCCGUACUGCCGCAACAAACAAUGUACUUCGUACCUCCACCUGGUGCGGCACUUUCGGUUAGCCAAGGUCCAGCCGAUAGACAACAGUUGCACCAGCAACAAAGAUUUCCAGCAAAUUAUUCAUUCAAUGCACAAACUAUGACUCCUCCGAGCCAAUCGAAUUCUAAUUACGUGGGUACUUAUCCAGUCCCUUACAACUCGAUGCCCGCAGUGACACCAGCACCAGGGGAUUACACGUAUCAGCCACCGGUUCACAUGGUCCCUACGUACUAUCCACCGAAUCAAACGACGAUUCAACCACCACCUGUCAUGUACAGAGUACCAACACCACCAAAUACUCCAAAUUCUAAUCAGAUGCCUGGGGUGCCAUUGAUGUAUGUCAACUCCGGCAGCUAUCCACCGCCAACGAUGGUAUCCAAUGGGACUUUUGGUCAUCAGGUCGGACACAAUGGCACAUCUCCAGCGCCUCCUGGAACUUAUAUGACUCCUGCGCUGGUUCCCAAUCUCGUGUUUAGGCAAAAUGUUCCCGUCGUUGCCGGUGUUCGAGCUUCAACGCCAGGUAAUUCUCAGAAAACGAGCAGGUCACCGACUCCAGCACACGAGUUGUUCGGAAGUGGGAGCGGGGACAGAAGCGCACAAUCCCAACCACGCUACCCACUGCCAAUGUAUCAGGGUGUCCAUAUUGUCCAAGGAGAUAUGAGAUUGAUGCAUCCCGCAGUGCCAGCUAACCCACGAUUGCAAUAUGCACCAGUACCAUCACCACCUGUUGUUCAAGGUUGUCCACGACCGUAUCGACCUCCUUCUUAUUCGUCGAACACCUCAGGCGCUGGUACACCCACAUCGUUCGAUGGGAGAAAUCAGAAAAUUCGUAAACAGAGGUCCAAAGUAACACCGUUGCCACUAACAGGCGCGCGGCCCAAUCUUUAUCAGACUCCUUCCAUGCCGCUUUCGUCUAACGUUCCGAAAGAUAUCAGAGAAGGGACCGUGAAGGUGACAAUCACCCGUCGAAACCAACUCGUACAAUAUUAAAUACUUGGGCCAAUAUGUUGAAUGGAGGAUCAGCAGAAUGGAGGAUAUAAAAGAAAAGACAAUUGAAUCGUUGAAACAAGCCGAUUGAAAAGAACCGAAUGAGCAGCUCGUGGUUUACCGCUAUACAUACACGAUUCUUAUUAUUAAAUAUUAAUAAUACUUUUGAUUAAAUAUCUAAGGAAAAAAGAGAGAUAUAAAAAGCAUACAGCACCUAAUAGGAAAUUCAAACUUGUUACAAAUCGGGAAAGGAAUAAAUAAGAAAGAGAAAUGUAACUAUAAAACGUAAAAAAAAAAAAAACGAAUUAUACAUCCCUUUUGAUAAAACCUGGAGAAUGAUGAAAAUAACGGGAAAGCGAAAAAGAAAAGAAAGAAAGAAGAAAAAGAAAAAAAAAAUUGAAUUCGUUCAUAACUGACUUAAUAAUAAAAUCUGAUUAUUAUUCAAAAAAACAACAGAAAGGGGAAGACAUAGGAGGAAAAUGUAUAUGCGUGUACAAAAGAAGGAUAAUAUGUGCGGUUUUUUUUUUCUCUUUUUUUGUUUUCUCCUCUCUCCUUUUUGGCAUAUAAGGGCACGAUAGACACAGUGGCGUACACACCAAACAGAGUUACUGAACAGAAUUUUAACUAUUACAAUUAUUAUAUAUUAUAUAUACAGUAUAUUAUAUUAUAUCUGGAGAUAUUUUAAUCGCGGUUUUACAGAUACUAUAUGAAUGUGAGAUUUACUUUUAAGAAAAGGUACUUUUAAAGUGAACACAGAUAUAUACGCAUGGAUUUUCUGGACCGUUCUACGGAUCAGUCUCGACCGACCAGGGAAUCCUCAUUUAAAAUAACGAUAAAACUAAUAUACGAGUAUUAUAAUACACGUUACUGAGUACGUUUACAAUAGUACCGCAUCGCUGUCCAAUUAGAAUCUCUGGAUCGGUUCUACGUUCUAUCGGGAAUGAUCAUUGCUCACUGAUUCUUCUGUGUACUGCCACCAAAGAGUUGCGUUAAUCUUAAAGAAAUUAAAAAGUAUAAAAAAAAACAAAAAAAAACAAAAAAAAACGAUCAAAAAAGAGAAAAACAAAAAGAAAAGAAGAAAGGAAGAGAGAGAGAGAGAGAGAGAGAGAGAGAGAGAGAGAGAGAGAAUUGCUGCCAGUUGUGAUUCAUGGACAGAAUGAAAUUAUUUGCUACCUCAAUUUUGUAUAUCGAAAAGAUUUUUCACAUUAUCGGCCUUUUACGGAUUUAUGAAUUAAGAAAGCUUUUAAUUCUAUUUCAUUCAAAACCAAUGAGGGUAUAUAUCGUCGAAUAUAUUUCGCAAAGUGAUUUAUUGUAAAUAAGUAAUUGCUUGACGAAAAUGUUUUCACAGGGGGAGAAAAAACAUUGGAUAGAAAGAAUUUUUCCCCUCUUCUCCCCCCCCCCCCUGGCAUAAUUCAUUCAAUAAUUCUCCCUGAUAUUUUGCAUUCUAAAAAAGAAAAAUCCUUGACGCUUCUGAUCUCUGACGAUUACUUUAGUACAAGUUGACAUUGUUGCUCGUGAAGAAGAAAUAAAAAAAAAAAAAAUAAAAAUGUAAACGUAUUCAGUAUACAUGGGUCUAUCUAUAUCUAUAGUUCGACACAAGUAGUUAAGUAGCGCGAAACCAUCACAGCUUAGUAUCAGGAGAAAAAAAGAAAAAAAAAAAAGGAAAAAAAGAAGAAAAAAACCUGCCUCGCAUGCGUUUAAAAAAGAGUUUUUUUUUUUUUUCUCCCUCUCUCUCUUUUCUUCUUCUUUUCCGUUCUUAUUGUCCGUAAAUAGGGAAUUGAUGUGUGAACUUUUUAACCGAUAAAAAAACGGGAAAACGACGCGCACGAUUUAUUUCACGUAACAUGAUUUCCUUCUCGCGAGAGGAACAAAAUGAAACGGGGCGCUUUAUAUACACGACACACGUACAUACAUACAUACAUAUAUACACAGUAACUAUGAUUCGUCUUCCAAGCUUCACAGCACGCUUCUGGAUCCUAUCUAGAUAUCCGAGCUAUGUAAUUAGAUAUACUUUUCAUGCCCAAAUUCUGCGAAGAAGCAAUAUAUGUAUCAGUUUGGCAGCGGUGAUGGUUGACGCGUGAUCGUCGUAAUUAAUAAUGUCUCCGUCUGUGAAAAAAAAAUUCAUCUGUGGAUCAACGUGCGUCGAUCCUCGCCUCGUUAUUUAUUUUGUAUCGAUCGGUCAAAAAAAGGGGGAAAAAAGAAAAGAACAAGACAUUCAAUUUAUAAUUUAAUUUAUACAAUUUAUCAUCAAUAAAAUCAUUUUUUAAUAUAUCAUUCUUUAAUUUAAGUUUUUCGACGAGGCUGUGACGUACGUUGUUCCACGUGAGAAAUAAAUACCAAGUGGAAUCCAUCCAGAAGCUUCGCUUACGGUGAUUGUACUUCAGGACGUAGGUGAAGGGUGUGCCUAUCUUUUUAUUGAGAAUUUAAUUGACGAAAAAAAAAAAAAAAAACGCGCGCACCGCGACCUUUUAUCUAUACCCUGUACCAAGCGACGCGAAAGAGAGGCACUACUUUCUUGACGGGAAAGCGUGAUAAAUUUAAUUAAAACCUCUAGAUUUUAAAGAAAGAAGAAGGGAAAAGGGAAGGGAAAGAAGGGAGGGAGAGUGGUGGACGAAACGAGAGAGACCUGAGCAGAAUAUAAAUAUUAAGCAGAUUAGAAUUAUCCAAUGUUUCAAUUAUAAAGAGAUGGGCGCACAACAAAAGUAGUGGUUUAACUGUACCUAAAGUCGUCGUAGUGGUUAACGAAGAUAAUUGUACCUAUAAAAGAAAAACAAAAAGAAACAAAAAAAGAAAAAAAAGAAAACAGUUCACGAAUCUCUCUAAAAAACAAAAAAAAAAAAGAUAUAUGAUUAAAAAGAAAAGAAAAAAACGGAAGGAGAAGAAAAAAAGUGAAAUAAAAUUAUCGAGAGGUAUCGAGAGAAACAAACCUGCAAGUAUCGUUCGUCACCAUCUUAUCGUCACGUGAUCUUCGAGUGAUCAUUGUUUUCAAAUGUAAUUAUUCAGUCGUAUAUUUAAUAUUCGUUAUUUUCGUAUUUAAUCAAGUAUAUCUAUACGAUUGACGCGAGGAAAUGAUGAUGAAAGGGGAAACAAUAUUUAUAUAAUUUAAUCUGGGCGAAGAGCGUUAUUUGCAGGAUACGUUUACGCGCUUACGUCGUGCAACCGAGAAAGCUGAACCAAAGUCAUGAUUGUAAUUGCACAGUCACGUUUAUUUAUUUUUCAUUUCGCUCGCAUGCGCUUUUUUUCACGAAUACUCGAUGCAUUUGCUGUUGUGCCCGGUUGCAAUGCCUUCAGUAAUUCGUUCCGCUCAAUGAAACACGUUACGAAGAAACGUUUCACUGAUAAUUACUUUAUUUAUAUACGUGCGUAUUAUUUUCAUUCGAAGCGAUCUAAGAGAACGAUUUGAAAUUUUUCGAGGUGAUCAGCAUAUGCAUCGAGCAUUGUUCACAAGUGAUUUUUUGUAAUUUCGCCUGAGCUAUUAUUAAAAAUGAGUGAGUGAGUGAGUGAGUGAGUGAGUGAAUGAGAGAGAGAGAGACAGAGAGAGAGAGAAGAGAGAGAGUGCGUGUAUCAUUUGCCCGGCAAAUGAUUAGUUCGAGGAAAUAUUAAAAACUAUGUACGAUCGAAAAGAACGGGUGAUAAAGUCAUUGUAACUUUACAAGACUUCACGUUCGUUUCCUACUAUUUUUGUAUGCAACAUUAAGGGGGAAAAAAGGAGAUUGACGGUAGUGAGAGAAUUUAAAGAAAAAAAGAAAAAUAAAAAAAAAGAAUUCGUGUGUGUGAGAGAGGGAGAGGAUGAGGACGAAGAAUGAAGAGAAUAAAAAAAAUUGAUGAGAGAGAGAGAGAGAGAGAGAGAGAGAGAGAGAGAGAAAGAGAGAGAGAGAGAGAGAGAGAGAGAGAAAGUACGUAUGAAAGUUCGAAGCUUUUUAAUUUGAAGAUCCUCGCAUCUUCCUGAUCACCUUCCGUUGAUUGCGUCGCCACUCGUCAAAGACUCGUUAGCGUUUAAGUGUAGCCGUGUGCCUGAAAAUUAAUUCAUUUUUGCGCGCGUUUAACCGAUCCUCGAUAACGCUACACGGCACGCGGCUGAAACUUUUCGUCCACGUGGGGAGUGUAUUUUGAACUUUUCAAUUGUUAUCCGUACGACUCGUCGUAGAAAAUUCUUGUCGUGCGAGAAGCGGCAGGAAUAAUUUCAAAAUAUAUUAACGUGUUUCAUUUAUAUAUAUGUAUAUUUUUUUUUUUAAUUUUCACGAUUUUCAGUUCUAAUCUUGUCGAGAAAGAAGUUCUGGCAACUUCCUCCCGCCUCUUCUCGUAAGGCAUUUGUAAGUAGCCCGUUAGAUCGAAGAUCGGUAAUCUUUUUAAAUUGAUUCUGAUAGCGUUCAUUAUGAUUUCAUUCAUCGAACACUGUGCGGGACGCAGAAAACGACGUCGAUUCGUUAGUUACCGAUCUCUUUAGAUGUUAGCUGGCGUGAAUUCGACGUCUAAUUGUUAAGCGAAAAAAAAAAAAAAGAAAAAAGAAAAAGUUAUCUCGCAAGAUUGUUUUAUCAUCGACAAUUAUAAAUGAGCGCGAUGUCCCGAUGUGGUGAAUAUAUUUGAAAAUAUAAAUUGAACUUGACUGAAUAUACAAUGGAAACGACCAGGAUAAAAGUCGAGUAAAACACUGCACAUUGCGUAUUUGCAUUAUUUUCAGAUCACGUCUGAAUGUUUCUUUUCCGUUCGACAUAUCACGUGGAACAAGAGCAAACGAUGGCUGUGCCUUUAUGCUUAAUAUAUUAUAGUUUAGAAUUUUCUUUUGGACUGAGAUUUAUGUGCAGAAUAUCUUUCCGUCUCUUAUCCUGGAUAAAUGCAAAAAUGCAUCGGUCGAAUAUAUACAUUAUAUAUUUAUUAAAGAAGAGAUUCAAAUGUAUUCACCGAUAGAUUUAAACUAGAGCACUUUGUCGAGAUACGAUGUUAACUCUUUGAGUCUCAGAGAGAUUCAAUUUUCAUUAGAAACAUUUGAUCUUUAUUUUUUUUUUUUUUACAUGAAAGAUAUUGUAUAAUUUAUAUUAAGUUUAUAUAAGGAGAAGAUUUUUUCGUAUUUUUAUAUAAUUUAAGAAAGAGAAAUAUACGUAUAAGAAGAAGAUAGUAGGAUAUGCGUAUAUACUGAUCCUCAAAGAGUUUGCAUAGGGGAAAAAGAUGAUCGAUGAAAUGAGUGAAUGAGUAUGCGUGGGAGGGAAAAAGAAAUAAUAAAAGAAACCUACGACGAAUCGGAGAAUUCGUAUGCAUAUGCAUCGUGAAGGUGACCGAGAAGGUGAAUUCAAUUAAGAAUCGUAUGGUGGAAACAAAAGAGCUAUACUACCAACCCAAAGAUGCACAACAUCAUAGAGAGCUGGACAAUUUGAUAGAACUCAUGUCACUCUAAUUAUAUUUCUUGUUAUAUUAUAUACAUAUAUAUAUAUAUAUAUAAAUAUAUAUAUAUAUCAUAUUUUCCAAAAACGAAUUAUAUAUAAUUCAAUAAAAAAGAAGACACUCUCGUUUGAUA